CUAAACAGAGGAGCCUGGUGACUUACAGUUCAUAGGUCACAAAGAGUCAGAUAUGAGUGAACUGACUUGGCAUGCACUUAUGGGCCCAAUCCCAGUACAACUAAACCAGCUAGACUGGAAUUUCCAGAGUGAUCAUUGGACACAGAGAAAAUAAGAUUAAAGCACAAUUUAUUUUUAUUAUUGGGGCAAAGUCUACUCAUAAUAGAGUGCAAAGUGGAUGUAAUUGAUUGGUCUGUUUAUAUUGUAGAGGCCCAAGUUGAAUUGACAGGGAUUGUUAUAAAAGCUUUCAGGCUCACAGUCGUCUGAGUAAGAAGAGAAGGCGUCAAUGGAUCUGGCUGUGGCCCUGGUGCUCUGUCUCUCCUGUCUGCUUCUCCUCUCACUCUGGAAACAGAGCUCUGGGAAUGGGAAGCUCCCACCGGGCCCCACUCCUCUCCCGAUUCUUGGAAACAUCCUACAGUUAGAUGUUAAGAACAUCAGCAAAUCUUUAACCAGUCUCUCAAAAGUCUACGGCCCUGUGUUCACUGUGUAUUUUGGAAUGAAGCCCACAGUAGUCUUGCAUGGAUAUGAAGCGGUGAAGGAAGCUCUGAUUGAUUUGGGAGAGGAGUUUUCUAGAAGAGGCAGUUUCCCAGUGAUUGAAAGAAUUACUAAGGGAUAUGGAGUCGUAUUCAGCAACGGGAACUUAUGGAAGGAGACCCGGCGCUUCUCUCUCAUGACCCUGCGGAAUUUCGGGAUGGGGAAGAGGAGCAUUGAGGACCGCGUUCAAGAGGAAGCUCGCUGUCUGGUGGAGGAGUUGAGAAAAACCAAUGGUCAUUUAAUUCUUAAGGAAGGAAAUUUUUUUAACAUUGAAAUGACACAUAAAGAAACUCCAUUUGGAAACGGGCGCGGAGAUGCUUCUGGAAGUAACAUCGAGAUGGCUGCCCAAGGAGAACCCCAAGUUCAGUUCAAACUUGUUUUGGUUGGUGAUGGUAGUACUGGAAAAACUACAUUCGUGAAGCAUCAUCUGACUGGUGAAUUUGAGAAGUAUGUAGCUACCUUGGGUGUUGAGGUCCAUCCUCUUAUGUUCCAUACCAACGGAGGACCUAUUAAGUUCAAUGUAUGGGAUACAGCUGGUCAGGAGAAAUUUGGUGGACUGAGAGAUGGCUAUUAUAUACAAGCUCAGUGGGCCGUUAUAAUGUUUGAUGUAACAUCAAGAGUUACUUUCAAGAAUGUGCUUAACUGGCAUAGAGAUCUGGUACGAGUGUACUCACAGUGUUUUGAUUAUAAAGAUCAGACUUUUCUAAAUCUAUUGAAAACAAUAAAUGAAAAUAUCAAGAUUCUGGGCUCUCCGUGGAUGCAGCUCCUCAAUAUUUUCCCUGUGCUCCUUGAUUUUUUCCCAUGGAGUUAUAGUUAUAAAAAAUUUAUUACAAAUACUGCUUAUGUAAAAAAUUAUGUUUUGGAGAAAGCAAGGGAACACCAAGCAUCCCUGGAUAUUAACAAUCCUCGAGACUUUAUUGAUUGCUUCCUGAUCAAGAUGGAGCAGGAAAAACACAAUCAUCAAUCAGAAUAUACAUUUGAAAACCUGACAAUCACUGUAUCUGAUUUGUUUGGAGCUGGGACAGAGACAACGAGCACCACACUGAGAUAUGGGCUCCUCCUCCUGCUUAAGCACCCAGAGGUCACAGCUAAGAUCCAGGAAGAGAUCGACCGUGUGAUUGGCAGACACCGGAGCCCCUGCAUGCAGGACAGGACCCGCAUGCCCUACAUGGAUGCUGUGGUGCAUGAGAUCCAGAGAUACAUUGACCUGGCUCCCACGAGCGUACCUCAUGCUGUGAACUGUGAUGUUAAAUUCAGAAACUACCUCAUCCCCAAGGGCACAGAUAUAUUAACAUCACUGACUUCUGUGCUACAUGAUGACAAAGAAUUUCCCAACCCAGAGGUAUUUGACCCUGGCCACUUCCUGGAUGAGAAUGGCAACUUUAGGAAGAGCGACUAUUUCAUGGCUUUCUCAGCAGGAAAACGGAUUUGUGUGGGAGAGGGCCUGGCCCGCAUGGAGCUGUUUUUAUUCCUGACCACAAUUUUACAAAAAUUUACCCUGAAAUCUGUGCUUGACUCAAAAGACAUUGACACCACUCCAGCUGUUACUGGGAUAGCUAAUGUGCCGCCUCCUUACAAGCUCUGCUUCAUUCCUGUGUGAAGAAUGCUAGAUCAUACAGCUUCAUCUGUGGCAUUGCCUUUAACUCCCUUUCAUCGGGGGGCAUCGUUCACCAGUGUCAUGUUAAUCUUUCCUGAGAACACAUCUCUGACCUCUUCUCAUUCCCUGUGCAAUUUCACUACAGAAAUAUAUCUGCUAUUCUCCAUAUCCUGUAGUAUUUGUAUUGGCCAUCACAUAUACUAAUAGAUAUCUAAUAUUAAGUAGUAGUGUGUACCUAGUACCAUUGUACUCAGUACAAAGUAAUGCAUGAAUUAGUAUGUGCCAAUGAGACCUAUUUCUUCAGUGCAUGUUUCUAAUAAAAAGCAGAAUCUGAUGA